CAAUUUGACGCGCUAAAAACUUCCUUUUCGAGGCCUCCCUUGUGACAGGUCGUUCUUUUUCCCAACGGAAUCCACAAACAUCGGCUCCAAGAAGCCUUUUUUUUAUUUACAAGUGCAGUGAAAACGUGCCAAAAUGCCACCAAAAUUCGAUCCCACUGAAAUUAAAUACGUAUACUUGAGGUGCGUUGGUGGAGAAGUAGGUGCUACUUCUUCCUUGGCCCCAAAGAUCGGUCCUCUAGGUUUGUCCCCAAAGAAAAUUGGUGAUGAUAUUGCCAAGGGAACCGCAGACUGGAAAGGUCUGAAGAUCACAGUCCAGCUGAAAAUUCAAAACAGACAAGCAGCAAUCUCUGUUGUUCCUUCCGCCGCAUCCUUAAUUAUUAAGGCUCUUAAGGAACCCCCACGUGACAGGAAGAAGCAGAAGAACAUUAAGCACAGUGGUAACAUCACCUUUGACGAUGUUUUGAGCAUCGCCAAACAGAUGAGGCCACGUUCCAUGGCCCGCGAAUUGUGCGGAACUGUGAAGGAAGUUUUGGGAACUGCCCAAUCGGUAGGUUGCACCAUCGAUGGCAAAAACCCACAUGACGUUAUUGACGAAAUCAAUGACGGCAGUUUAGAAGUCGCCGAUGAAUAGACUUUUAUUAUCUUGGUUUAAUAAUAAUAAAAAAAUAAAAU